AAACAGAAGCUUUAUUUCCAGAAUGACAGAAGCAGAUUUCGUGGUUGUAUAGUGGUGGUUAUUUUCUUGGCUCCGAGAAGAUCUCACAUUCCCUUUUCCAGCUCUUGGCAAGAGUCUUCAUUCUUGGAGAGUGACCGGGUUCCAGCUUCACCCUGAGCUAUGAGUUGAAGCCACAAACCAAGCUGUUAAGUCUUGUUUUCAGCAUAAGGCUUUGUGCUAAUGUCGUUUUGCAUCCUUUUUACAUCUGCAGGCGGACAGGCACUACACCUAAUCCACUUACCCGCUAUGAGCAAAGUGGCAGAGAAUUCUCCACCUGAGACUUCAGUGCACACGUUUUCUGUGAAAUUAUCAGCAUCACUGUCACCUGUGGUCCCAGGGUUCCCCCUGAUAAUCAACUCCAGUCCCCUCACUCAGGCCUUCAGGGUGAACUGGCUGUCAGACACCGACUUCGAGGUUGUCACCACUGGGAUGGAACAAUUAGAUUUUGAAGAAGGACCACACACAUUUGACUUGCAGAUUUAUGUGAAGGAUGACGUGGCUGUCACUGACCUGCAGGUCCUGACAGUCCAGGUGACAGAUGUGAAUGAACCGCCUGAAUUUCAGGGUAACUUGGCAAAAGGUCUAGACCUCUACAUAGUGGAAGGAACAAAGCCUGGAUUCGUUUACCAGGUGGAGGCCUUCGAUCCAGAAGACACAAGUCAAAACCUACCCCUCAAUUAUCUCCUGAUUUCCCCUUCAAAGAGUUUCAGAAUGUCUGCUAACGGGACUCUCUUCUCCACAACAGAAUUUGACUUUGAAGCAGGACACAGCAGUUAUCAUCUCAUUGUGGAAGUGAGAGACAGUCAAGGACUCGGAGCCUCCACAGAGCUGCACGUGAACAUUGUGAACAUCAAUGAAGAGAUCCCACGCUUCACCAGCCUGACGCACAUGUACACCAUUCCUGAGGAGCUGAGUCUAGGAAGCAUCGUGGCCCAUAUCACAGCGGAGGACCCUGAUGAUAGAGGCUUUACCAGCUUCCUUCUCUACAGCAUCACUACUGUCAACAGCUAUUUCAUGAUCAAUCAAUUGACUGGGGCCAUCCAAGUGGCACGCAGGAUAGACCGAGAUGCAGGUGAAUUAAGACAAAAUCCAGUCAUAUCUCUGGAGGUUCUGGUGAAGGAUAGACCCUCCGGGGGUCAAGAGAAUCGCAAGCAGAUAACCUUCACUGUGGAAGACAUUAAUGACAACCCCUCGACGUGCACCAAGUUCUCCUUCAGCAUUAUGGUGCCUGAGAGAGCACCCAGGGGGACGUCGCUUCUGGACCUGAACAAGUUCUGCUUUGAUGAUGACAGCGAAGCACCAAACAACCGAUUCAACUUCACCACGCCAUCUGGAGUGGGGAGAGGCAGCAGGUUUCUACAGGAUCCAGCUGGCUCUGGGAAAAUCGUGUUGAUUGGUGAUCUAGAUUAUGAAAAUCCAAGUAAUCUAGCAGCCGGCAAUAAAUACACCAUGAUAAUUCAGGUACAGGAUGUUGCUGCUCCUUACUAUAAAAAUAACAUCUACAUUUAUAUCUUAACAAGCCCAGAAAAUGAGUUUCCUCUUGUCUUUGAUAGUCCAUCCUAUGUAUUUGCCGUGUCAGAACUGAGCCCACCUAGAACCCGGGUUGGACGAGUGCAAGCGACAGAUAAAGACUUCCCCCAGAGCCGCAUCACAUACUCCAUCUCUGCUGGAGGGGCCAGCCAGCGGUAUCCAAAUAUAUUUUGGAUUAAUCCCCAAACAGGAGAACUCCAGCUGGUGACUAAAGCAGACUAUGAAACAAUCCCUGUCUAUAUUCUCAGAAUCCAGGCCACCAACAGCGAGGACAGCAGCUCAGUCACUGUUACUGUGAACAUCACUGAAGAAAAUGAUGAAAAACCAAUUUGUACCCCAAACUCAUAUUUCCUGGCCAUCCCAGUGGAUCUGAAAGUUGGCACAAAUAUUCACAACUUCAAGCUCACAUGUACUGACCUUGAUUCCAGCCCUAGGUCUUUUCGUUAUUCCAUUGGUGCAGGCAAUAUCAACAGUCAUUUCACUUUCUCUCCCAAUGCUGGGUCUAAUGUUACAAGCCUGAUCCUGGCCACUCGCUUUGACUAUGCUAGUGGGCUUGAUAAGAUCUGGAACUACAAACUGCUGGUCUACAUAACCGAUGACAACUUGCUGUCUGGCAGGAAGAGAGCUGGGGCUCUUGUUGAAACUGGGACCGUAACACUGAGUAUUAGUGUCAUUCCUCACCCAACCACGAUUAUCACCACAACUCCCAAGCCAAGGGUCACCUACCAGAUCCUGAGGAAGAACGCGUAUUCUCCAUCUGCCUGGUAUGUGCCUUUUGUCAUCACUUUGGGCUCCAUGUUGCUUCUGGGUCUCCUGGUGUCCAUGAUCGUCCUGCUGGCCAAAGCCAUCCGCAGACACUGUCCCUGCAAGACUGAAACGCACAAGAAACCUCCGGUGAAGAAAUGUCUAAGAAGCUUAACUUCUGUUCUCUUCCCUGCAGAAAUGAAAAACACAAAGAGAGAGGUCAUGGUGGAAACAAUCCAGAUAAACACAGUCUUUGAUGGAGAAGCCACAGACCCAGUUACUGGGGCAAUAUAUGAAUUCAACUCAAAAACUGGAGCCAGAAAGUGGAAAGACUCCUUAACCCAAAUGCCAAAAUGGAAAGAGUCCAGCCCCCCGGGAGCUGCUGCAAGAAGACCUGUCCCUCGGGAAGGGACCAGGCCACCGAGGAGCACUGACAAGGGAAGAGAUGGUCUGAGCAUCCGAGUCCAUGCUGAGGGUGCAGGCCUGGGGCCCAGGAGCCAGGCCAGCAUGCCGAGCACCCCCAGAGAAUAGAGCCCAGCCUUCACGAGAGGGGCAUCCCGCAGACGGCACCCGGAGACGUGAACUGGGCAACACAGCACGCGAACUUGACUGUCUUCGAGGGCAGGGUGGGAGGCAGAAAAUGUAGGGGAUCCAGGGUCCCAGAAGGAAAGUUUGACAAACUUUAAACAGGAAUGGGUUUGAUUCCAGAGUUGCCUUUUUCUGAGAUGGCCCAGGAGUGGUUUUGCUCAAUCAUCUGUGCCUCUGAUCAGCUGGGCUGUUAACUUGAAUGUGGACUUGUGUUUCUUCUGCAUAUUGACUCUAGGAAGCCGCAUUCCAUUCCAUUCACCCUUGGGAAGUGCAGGAGGCCAGCUGCCUAAAUUCUGAGGGCUACCCUCCCAUCUGGUUCCACCUUUUUUUUUUCCUGCCUUAAUUUUGGUGUCUCUCAGAUUUCUUCACUGACAAAUACAGUUCAACACCAUUGUAAAUCACCUCUAAUCUUUUUCUAAAGAGGCAGAGCAGUGGGGGAAAAAAAGGAUGAAUAAAUAAUAAGUUGUUCAUCUGGAAAGAAGAAAACACACUAGAUACCUUUAAUUCUUUCUCAUUAAGGUAAAACCGAUAAUGCAAUAAGAUGCACAGAUCUAAGGCACUCAGCUUGAUACCAUGUAGACUCCUGCCAGAGGCAACCACUAUUCGGGUCUUUAUUGUCACAAAUUACUUUUGCCUUUUUGGAAUUUCCUAUAAAUGGGAUU